CUUGUUCCGCGCCGCCUGCCAGCCCGCCCGGCCCCUAGCCCGAAAACUCGCCCCAAGGAGUGAGCGAGGCAGGCGGGGAGGAAGCACUGAGACCGGAGCCGGCUGGGCUGAGGACGGAGGGGCAGGGACCCAGGCACCCCUCCCCGGAGCCCGGAGCAUCCCUGGGCCGGCGGUGGGGCUCCGGGUUGGGCUGGAUUCCGAGAGGGGCUCCUUGCCCCAACUCCGUGUCCUCGUUCCGCGACCGCUCUGUGCCCCCACUCCGCGCUCUGCCCCGUGCGCUCCGGCCCUGCCCGGGACAGACGGACAGACAGCGGCACGAUGCCCGGGAGCCUGGCGGGACUCGGGCUGGGGCUGGCGCUCGCCUUAGCCCUGCUGCUGUUGCUGCUGCUGCGCGGAGCCUGCUCCGGGUCCGGGGAGCCGCUGGACGCCGGAGGACAGUGCCGGCCGCCUGGAUCGCAGGGAGACCUGAACUCGUUUCUCUGGACCAUUCAUCGGGACCCUCCUGCCUACCUGUUUGGUACCAUCCACGUUCCGUACACGAGGGUCUGGGACUUCAUCCCAGACAAUUCCAAGGCGGCCUUCGAGGCCAGCGCCCGGGUCUAUUUUGAGCUGGACCUCACGGACCCCUACACCAUUUCGGCCCUGGCCAGCUGCCAGCUGUUGCCCCAUGGCGAGAACCUCCAGGAUGUGCUGCCCCGGGAGCUGUACCGGCGUCUCAAGCGGCACCUGGACUACGUGAAACUCAUGAUGCCCACCUGGAUGACGCCCGACCAGAGGGGCAAAGGAUUGUACGCCGACUACCUGUUCAAUGCCAUCGCGGGCAACUGGGAACGCAAGCGGCCCGUCUGGGUGAUGCUCAUGGUGAACUCGCUCACAGAGACCGACGUGCGCUCCCGAGGCGUGCCCGUGCUGGACCUCUACCUGGCGCAGGAGGCAGAGCGCAUGAAGAAGCGAACGGGUGCCGUGGAGAGGGUCGAAGAGCAGUGCCACCCGCUCAACGGGCUCAACUUCUCCCAGGUGCUGUUUGCGCUGAAUCAGACCCUGCUCCAGCACGAGAGCCUCCGGGCAGGCAGCCUGCAGGCCCCCUACACCACCGAGGACCUCAUCAAGCAUUACAACUGUGGGGACCUCAACGCUGUCAUCUUUAACCAUGACUCAUCCCAGCUCCCCAACUUCAUCAACACCACGCUGCCCCCGCACGAGCAGGCCACGGCCCAGGAGAUCGACAGCUACUUCCGCCAAGAACUCAUCUACAAGCGGAACGAGCGGAUGGGACGGCGGGUCAUGGCGCUGCUUCGCGAGAACGGGGACAAGAGCUUCUUCUUUGCCUUCGGUGCAGGUCACUUCCUGGGGAACAACACCGUGAUUGACGUCCUGCGCCAGGCUGGCUUUGAGGUGGAGCACACCCCACCAGGGAAAGCCGUGCACAGUUCCAGCCCCCGGAGUUCCCAGCCCCCUUCUCCGGAUCCUGUGGUGACCCCGGCUCCCACGGUGCCACGGAUGGAGCACCAGCCCGGCCUCCUCCCCGGCCUCCACGCCUCCCGGGCCAGGGGACGAGGAGGAGGAGGACGACGACGACCUGCUGUCACCCCACCUGCUGCUCUCCGACAGCCUCAGCCAGCUGGAGGAGUUCGGGCGACAAAAGAAAUGGCGGCGGAAGCAUCAUAAAGAGCAUCGGCCGAGGCAGUUCAAUGACCUGUGGGUGCGGAUCGAGGACAGCACAACCACAGUGCCUUCCCCAUCCAAGGCCACCGACAGCUAUGACACCGCCAAGCCUCCCAUUAGGUUCGCCAAACAGCUGGAGCAUCGGCCACCGCCAGCCCCACCGGAACCCCCAGGGCCCUCCAGGAGCUCUGCCCCAGUCGCCGCCUCUCCCCUGACUCUCGUCUUUCUCAUCACAGCUGGCGCCAUCUUCCCGCACAUCCUGGGGCCAUCCUGACUUCCAUGGACCCCCGGGGUAAAAACUGGAGGAGAGACCCUGGUAAUUUAUGAAUUGAUUCUGAGGGUGUGGAUACCCUCCCCUGCCUCUCGGGAGCCCCUGGGGAUGUCUCCCAGGCUCCCGAGAGGACUCUAGCCUCCUGGGGAGGGCUUGACACAUUUCUGGGAAACACUAAAAGCUUUCUCGUGAUGCCGACUUACAUCUUCUUUUUGUAGAAGGAUCUUAAUUUCCCCUAGUACUAUGGGGCUCGUUUUGUAAUAUAUUUGUCCAUGUUUUUAAAGAAAACAUAUUUAUUCUAUGAUAAACUUAUUUUUAUGAUGUAUAGGUUAAUAAUACACUUAUUAAACUGUAUUGCCAACCACCUAGCUAAAUUAAUAUUUCCUAUCUGUGACUUUAAUGCCUUCCUCCCUAAGAGUCCAGAGCAAGCUGUAGACUGGGCAAGGGGACUCGCCAUUGGCAUUCCCUGCCCCCACUGGCCACCCCUAUCACCCCCAGGGACUAGAGGAUUGAAGCGAUGGCCCACCUUCUGUGGGAGCUGGGGUGACAAACUCAGAUGAUGCAUGGUUUCAUCCAGAAGUCUGGGAGGAUGAAUGUAAGAACUGGGAGCCCCUCAACCCCUCGCCCUGAGGAAUAGCUACUCCCAGCAGGCUCAGAGGGGUGGGCAAGGGUGCCUUGCCCCAUCCCUGGGAGGAUCUUUGCUCAUGCAUAUGCUGCUAUUGUGAAUGCCCAGAGCAGGCACUGAAUUCACUUUUGAAUUCACCUGGGACCCCCUGGAAAAUGAUUGACCAAAGCAUACAAGUGAUGCUCCUUCGUGCGGCAGUGAGGCAGGAAGGUGGUCAUCAAGGAAGGGGGAAGCCCCAGAGUUAGAGGAGAGCUCCGAGGUCCCAUCAUUUGUCAGGGAUGAGGAUCGAGGUGCGGGGGGAGAAGGGGUUUGUACAAGCUUACAAAGGAAAAGAAUAUGAGAAAAGAGACCAAAACACAGGUCAGGAGAAAGAGGAGAAAUGUCUCUGAAGGAAACCCUGGGAGAGAAGGAAGAGGAAUAAUAUUAUCUCCACUGGACAGAUGGAAAAACUGAGGCCCAGUGACCUGAAGUGACUUACCUAAAAUCACCCAAAGAAAGACUUUCAUAGGAUUUAGAGAUGUAAGGACACUUAGAGAUCACCCUCUCCGAUUUCUUUAUUUUACAGAGUGGAAAACUGAGGCCCCUGGAGGGACAGGACUUUAUCUUAGGUCUCUUAGUAAGCGAGGAAGAAUUCUGGGGCUCUCCUCGUGAUAUUAUAACUCAUCAGGUUUGGGGUUAAUUGGACAAGUUAAUCUUACUGUAGGGGUUUCUGGGAUUUAGAGCCCGAAGGAAUCUCCAAUAUGGCAAACAUCUUAGACCAGAGAGGGUAAGGAAGUUGUCCAUAGGUCAGGAUUUGAACCCAGGGCUUUCUUGGACCAUUUCUACUUGGUCAUGAUGGCGAUUCAAAUUUUAUCCUGUUGUUGGAGUCAGAGGGAAAGGACGGCCUACAGGACCAGAAAGGGGGCAGGGUAUGCCCUUGCACCGAUCCCUUUCUGAACUCCUGUGAUGGUGAGGCCAGAUGGGCACAAAGCAGGUAUUCAGGUGUGCGCUUUGUAAGGGCAAAGACCACAAGCAGAUAGGAUCAGGACUGAGCCAGGGACCCGGGGCCAGGUCCACUCUGUAGUUAAGAGUUGGGGCUCAGACAAGGCUUGGCCCCCGAGUCAGCCAGCCUGUCUAUCACCUGAGAUCUUUCCUGAAUCCCCACAAUAUUUGUGCCUGAACGAGCUAAGCUCAGCUUAGGAACAUCGAGAGUGUUCAGGGAGGCUUCCUGGAGGAAGAGUUCACAUUUGGGGGGAGAAAUAGCCUCAUUUAAAGAGAAGAGGAGAGAAGAGAAGGGCUGCUUCUGUUUCUGGACUCUGUCAAGGUUGCUUUCCCAGGUUCCACUCUGGACCUCCACAGCAGUGACAAGUGUCCGGAAGAGAUCUCUGGAGCGAUAUGGAGAAGAUGCUGCCAUUGGGGUUGGGCAAGACACCACUAGACAGGAAUCGGAGACGUUCUCUGAGCCGGAAGGACCCCAGCGGUGUGACUCUGAGCAACAACCCUUACAAUGGUUUCCUCGAUGAACAAUCCUCCUUGAAGGAAAGCGGGGUUCACUACACUGGAGAGCGAGCCAUUCCUCUUUGGACCCAGCAGCCAAGAGCCUCGAAGAAUCUUGGUCUCUCACUUGCGUGCUCUUUUUCAAGAGCCAAGGCGGCAUCCUGGAAACAACUGAAUCCAGAGCCAGGGGACCAUUCACCCCAAGCUUGGACAUGACUUAGUUCCCUCUGCUCCCAGCACCGCCACCCCUUUACAGAGGAAGGAAUCAAGGUCUAGAGAGGACAAGGGCUCUGUCCAGGAUGGCAAGCUGACCCUCGAACCCAGGUUUUCUGACUCCAAAUUCCCCAGCCGUUCCAGAUUGCUGUGCCCUCGGAUCUUGGGGUUAAAUUCUGUCACUUCUGGAUUCUGCUUAAAAGUGGUAGGACCUUGAGCCAGUCAUUUUCCCCGGCUCAAGGUCUCUUUUCCCGCCCCUCUAAGAUGAAAGGAUUGGACUGGAGUGUGUCUGGGGUCCUUUCCAGCUCUGGGUCUCCUGUGAAGUUAUUACCUCCAGGCGGAGUCUCUGGCCAAGAAGUGACCAGCUCGGGACUAACUGUUCCCGGGAUGGUGAUGACAAGCUCCUGUGGCUCCCUUCAGUCUCAUCGCCCGACUAUCUCCGAGCUCGGGACCAGAUGCUGCUCUGUGGGAGCUGGGCUCCGCCCUCAGGCCCCUCUUCGUGCAGGAACGAGUCCUCCUGGGACCUCUUUUCAAGAGGCUUCAUUUCAGGCAGCUGGGCUGAGGCAAGGCAGGGGAGAAUGGACGCCUCUCCGGAGGGUCCGCUCGGCCCUCCAGGUCCCCACACCAGCGAUGGAACCUGAAACCCCGGCAUCCUGGCUGGCUUCUUCUUGGCAAAGAAGACACUUCCGACUGGUGCAAGAAAGGGGCUUAGCCAGCUUAGGAAGGGGGCUCCGAAGGCUUGUUGGACAUCAAACAGAGCUUGCAAAACAGGAUUCUGAUGAGAUAAGUGUAAAGGAAUUAGAAACACACAGACCAGACUUCCCUCCAACAUGCCCGCUGCCGCCUCUGGGGAGCGUGGCUUUGGCUCUGUAGGAAAGAAAGCGUUGGCGCAGACAGUCCAUGGGCAGAGAGUGGCCUCAAGCAUCCUGUGUGCCCAGGCCUGGGUAGGGCCGUAGCCUGACUCAUUUUUUUCAGCUUUAUUUUCCAUUUCAUGUUUUGGAAAGAACCAAUGAAGAUCCCAUCAGCCCUGAAGUCAAAGAUGAGCUCUUGGAGAACGAGGACCAGCCUACCCUUAGUGUGAGCACAGGAUUUUGUACACUGUAAGCGUUUAAUUGAUGCUCAUUCAUUCCUCAUAUAGAUGAGGCUCCCCCAGGGUGCUCCUCAGAGGACUCUUCUGGUCAGGCAGUCCACAAGUAUGGAUUAAGCUUCUAUUGCGUGUCAGACCCUGGGCUAAGCACUCGAGAAAAGUUAAAAAAUAAAUAAAUCAAGGUCCUGCCCUCCAGAGGCUUCCAUCCUAGAGUCAACCUAUGACCUCUGAUUCCAAAAGGAACCUGCAUCUGAGUGAGAAGCCUCUUGGUAAACUCUCAGCUAAGCGGGUGUCCAUCCUUUAUAUGAAGGCUCUGAGUGACAGGGAACUCAUUACCUGCCAAGGUGGGCCAUUCCACACUUGAAUAGCUCUAAUGGUAAGGAAGAUUUUCCUUGUGGAUCAUCUAAAUUUGUUUCUGUGCAUCUUCCCCAAUUGCUUGUGUCUUCUUGGGUCAAGCAGAACAAGAAUAAUCCUUCCCCACAAAAUCCUUUAGCAUUUGAAGCCAAAGUUCUCCUGCUCCCCCAUAGACUUGUUUCCUUCUGCUUUAAUAUCCUCAAAUCCUUGAACUGAUGCUUGUCCAGCCUAGUCUGCCUGCUUCUCUAGAGUCCUUCACUAUGGCUGCCAUGAACUCCCUACAUUCCUUCUCCUCUCUUCCCUGUUCCAGUUGGGAUGUCUUUGUGCUUUCUUUUUAGACCCUUCCCUUCUGUCUUGGAAUCAAUACUAAGUAUUGGUUCCAAGGCAGAACAGUGGUGAGGGCUAGGCAAAAGGGGGUAAGUGACUUGCCCAGGGUCACACAGGCAUUGUCUGAGAUUAGAUUUGAACCCAGGACCUCCCCUCUCUAGUCCUGGCUCUCUAUCCUUUGAGCCACCUAGAUGCCCCAGAACCCUGUGUUCUUGCCAGCUGCGAGGGAUGGGCAGGUCCAUCUUUUCCCAGAUGAAGUGAGAAGGGUUCCAUCCAAAGACUUUCCUCGAGGAAGCCCUUCGGGAUGCUAACAACCUUGCAGUCAGCACCUCGGGGAACACCUCAGAUGAAACUCUUUCAGCUCCCCAGUCUUUUUCCCGGUGCUGCGGAUCUGGGACUGAAAGCUAGAAGAAACUGGCUUCGAGACAAGAGUUUGAGGAUAAAUGGCGAGUUCUUGGAAUCACAAACACAUGUCCACACGAAAUGUGAUGUUAACACGUGUGAUGGCUCCAUGUGCAGAUGAGACUCGUGACUCCGGACCCAGCUCCACCCCAUUCCCCUCUACCCUCCUCAGUCAUUCCAGAGCUGAUCUCAUCAAGCUGACAGUCAUGGUGGACAUGGUGAGCGGAUGCAGCCAGGACCUGGUCUUUUCCAGUUGGACGCACCUCCUCUGGUCCUCCACCUCUGGAAUUUCUGGUUGUUCCGGGUUAUCGAAUUGAGAGUUGUCAGGGAUGUCAGAAGAUAGAAAGAGCAUGGCAUGUCAGAGCCAGGAGGAACCAGGGGGACAGAGAAAGGAAUAGAGGAAGUCAGAGCUGGGAGGGGUUUAGACGAUGGACCGUGGAAGGUUCUAGAGACCAUCUCAUCUCAAUUUCCUCAUUUUACAGAUGGGGAAAAUGAGGCUCCAACUGUUGUCGGAAAUAGCUUAUUGGCUAGCCUGGGUCAACAAUGAUGAUUUGAAUGUUGAGAAGAGUCUCUGAUCGUUGCAUAAGGAGAUUUGGAGUCUGUUCGUAUCUGUGACCUCCAGUUGGCCAUGACUUGACUUUGGGCAAAACUCAUGUGAAGUAAGAAGUCAGACUAGACGAUCUCCAGGUCCUUUCUCAUGCUAAAUCAAAGGAUUUGACUUCAUCUCCCCGGGCUCAGUUUAUUCCACCUGUCAAAAUGGGGUAGUCGCUGUAAGGAGUUAUUGGGAUAACGAAGUGAGAGCCUCGAAAUGGAAGCCCUUCCCAAAGUACUAGUUAAAAACUGACGCGUCAGAAAGGUGUGAUCAGUGUUUUCAGCCAAAGCCUGGGAAUGUUGGGGGGUGGAGGGGUAUUUUUUUUCAUUGGUAGAAAUUGUUAAUGCAUGGGGGCAGGGAGGGACCCCAACAACCAAUCAAUCCAUUCAUCGGCUCAUGAGCAUUCUUUCCUAGAAAGCACGGGCUGAGUUCUCUUCAGAGGGGCAAGAGGGCUCUUGGCAGGCUGGGUGGUUGCCCAUUCUAAGGAGAGAUCAGGUAUGGCUCUCUGACCUUCUGGGCCUCCAGGUAUUUGGGAAGAGGCUGACUCAGGGGCUUUAGGGAGGCUCCACGCUGGUUCCCCAGAAAUGUGCCUGCCCUUUGUCCUCUUCCGAUGGGGUGCCUGAACCUCUGCUGACCCUCCCAGUCUGUGGGCAUCCCUCGGCAAUAGCACCUCCUGACUGAUGAGUUUGAAAUGGUUCCAAAGCAACUGGGUGGGUUUUCUCCCUCCCACACUCCUCCUUUGAAGUUUUGUGAAGAAUUUCCUAAAGAAUGUAAUGAAAUGAAGAGGGAAAAAAGAUGUUAUUAAUGUUAUUUUGUCAAAAUAUUUUUGUAGCAUAAUAUAUUAAUAAUAAAAGAUAUUCUAAGUUCUC